AAGAUGCCCGGCCGGGCGCACCGCGACUGGUACCACCGCAUUGACUCCACCGUGCUGCUGGGCGCGCUGCCGCUGCGGAGCAUGACGCGCCGGCUGGUCCAGGACGAGAACGUGCGCGGGGUGAUCACCAUGAACGAGGAGUAUGAGACGAGGUUCCUGUGCAACUCCUCCAAGGAGUGGAGGCGAGAGGGAGUGGAGCAGCUGUGGCUCAGCACGGUAGACAUGACAGGAGUCCCCACCCUGUCCAACCUCCAGAAGGGAGUCCAGUUUGCUCUCAAGUACCAGGCGCUAGGCCAGUCUGUCUACGUGCACUGUAAGGCCGGGCGUUCCAGGAGCGCCACCAUGGUGGCCGCGUAUCUGAUUCAGGUGUACCACUGGACUCCAGAGGAGGCCAUAAGAGCCAUCACCAAGAUCCGGUCCCACAUCUACAUCAGACCUGGCCAGCUGGAAGUUCUCAAAGAGUUCCACAAGGUGACCACUGCAGGGGUGGCCAAGAACGAGACUCAUCACACGUCACCGACGUGACGCACGUGGGCUAGGAAGAACGCAAAACAACGCUGCUUCCUACAGAAUGAGAAUGUUUAACAGGACCAAAGGGGCUGAAGCCCAGACUUGACAUAAUAGAAAUGUGCUAAGUGAUGGUUAGUUUUGCUCCCUUUGUCUUGUUUCAUUUUCCUGAAAUAACACUGUUGUGUGGCUAGA